AUGUUUUGUCUCCUGCAGUCUGCGUUCUCUUACUUCUCUGGUGCUGAUCAUGGGUCUUGUGUAGCUUACACCUCAGAGUCGGGCAGCGAUCAUGAUCACCCUAUAAGCCUUGCUCUGCAUAAUCUCAUCUCCACUGGUGGUGAUGCCUGGCCCCCUCGGGCUACCUUCGAAGAGACAUGGCCUCCCUGUCUAAGGCCUUAUCAUCACGUCUUCCAGCGCGUAGCCCCUUUCAUUCCCGUUGAAGAAGCCUCAUUAGACGAUGAACAUAAUCGUCACGUCAUCGAAACGUUCCGUGCUCGCGUGCGCCAAGAAUUAGUCGACAGUGUGUGCUUGGAGGACGUCAAGGUUGCUUUACUUGAGGAAGAGGGGACCUCCGAAAGGCUCUCUACUUCCGCAUGGCUAGGCUUCUUUGCUUGCAUAUCGAUGUUAAGGCAUGCCUAUCGCUGGGGUGUUACUCCUAUAGUCCGCGAAGCUCAAAACGAAACAUCGUUAGACUUUCCGCCAGAGCUGGAAUGGCCUUCGUUGGCUCUUCGUCAACGCUAUGGGCAUACUUCUCCGGGAGGCUGCCUUACAUCGAAUGUUUUAUGCAACCUUGACGAUGAGAAAGAAGUAGUUUAUAGUUGCACCGCUGGGAUGUCAAAUAUCCAUCGGUCUGCUGAGAAGGUAAAUGCAUGGUUGUUCCGUGAGAUGGAGGACAGAGCACUUCCGCUAUACAGAGCUAUGGGUGACGCUGCGCGUUUUCUCGACUCCGGAGAUAUUGACUCGACAGUGGAAGCUCUGAAGAUUGCCAAUCAGUCCCUAAAAACCGUAUUCCAAUAUUUCUACGAAAAUCUCGUUGACCGAAAGGUAUCGCAGCAAUACUGGAUGGCUUAUGUACAGGGAUUCCACGCAUGGACGCUGGAUGGCAUUGACGGUGCUGGAGGUGGACAGGCAUUGGUCAUCAAAUCGCUUGACGCGUUUCUUGAUAUUCAACCCGUGCCUGAACCAGAGGUCGAGGCUCUUCACUUCCCUUCCCCUCAGAGGGACUGGCUGAAUGCCCUGAGAAAAUACAACAUUCGACAAGCUGCUAGCCAUGACCCAGAGGUAACCAAAGGACUGGAACACUUGGUUCGUCAGCUGAAGACAUGGCGAAUGGGUCAUCUGCGACGCAUGAGACCAUACGAAGGUGUUGAAAGACCAGAGAGAAAGAAAAUGACUGCUGGGAAAUCUGUACUGGAGCGCUCUCGUGCCCUUGAUUCUCAAGAGGCACUGCAAUUCCUGCAAGAUCAUCUUGCAACGCGGUUGGCGGAGACAAGGUGA